CCCCCCCCAGGGAGGCCGCGCUCGCCGGUGGCGCAGCCGCCGCCGCCGCCGCCGCCGCCGCCGCCGCCGCCAUCAUCAUGUCGAUCUUCACCCCCACCAACCAGAUCCGCCUCACCAACGUAGCCGUGGUGCGGGCGCGGCGCGCCGGGAAGCGCUUCGAGAUCGCCUGCUACCGCAACAAAGUCAUGGGCUGGCGGAGCGGCGCGGAGAAAGACAUUGAUGAAGUUUUGCAGACGCACACGGUGUUUGUGAAUGUCUCAAAAGGUCAGGUUGCGAAGAAGGAAGAUCUCGUUAAAGCGUUUGGAACGGACGACCAAACAGAAAUCUGUAAGAUGAUUUUAUCAAAAGGGGAGUUGCAGGUAUCGGACAAAGAACGACAUACUCAACUGGAGCAGAUGUUUAGAGACAUUGCAACUAUUGUUGCUGACAAAUGUGUGAAUCCUGAAACAAAGAGACCAUACACAGUAAUCCUUAUAGAAAGAGCCAUGAAAGAUAUUCAUUACUCUGUCAAACCAAACAAGAGCACAAAACAGCAGGCACUGGAAGUGAUCCGACAGUUGAAGGAGACCAUGCAAAUUGAGCGUGCUCACAUGAGGUUGCGAUUCAUUCUUCCACCAAAGGAGGGAAAGAAACUGAAAGAAAAGCUGAAGCCACUGAUCAAAGUUAUUGAAAAUGAAGACUUCCAUGAACAGUUAGAAAUUGUGUGCCUUAUUGACCCAGGCUGCUUCAGAGAGAUUGAUGAGCUGAUCCGAUGUGAGACAAAAGGGAAAGGAACGCUUGAAGUGCUCAGUCUGAAAGAUGUGGAAGAAGGAGAUGAAAAGCUUGAAUAAAGAAACCUUAUGGAAAUAGUACUUCUUUAACAAUGUUGCAUUAAGUGACUGAUGUUAGCCACUUUAUUCUAUUAGGCCUUCAUGUUUUUUCCAAUCUCUUGCUGCCAAAUAUUUUCUGACACUAAUUAUUUGGGUUUUUCCAUGCAGUGUUCUUUUUAUUGUUUUACACUUGCUUGGGUUUGCCUAUGGGAAUGUUUUCUGUCAGAGCUGCACUAAUGAGGAUUGAGUUAAGACCUGACAUGGAAGUUACUGUAGCUUUGUUUUGCUGUAAGGGUUGUGACUGAAGAGCAUGUGACUGAUACAGUGCCAAGUGAUUUUUGCUUUUAAUUAUCGUCGUUGAGUGGAAGAUUUCAUAUGUCUCUGAGGGAUAGGUUUUGUAUGUGAGGAGAGAAACCUUUAGAAAAGUGAGCUACACUUUCACUUUUAAACAAACACAAAGUAUGGAUAGUGUCUAAACUCAGUUCUUGGCGGCAUAAAAAAUGACUCACUGAAGAUUUAAAAAAAAACUUGCUAACUUAGAGAAAAUGUUCUCCAAAUAAUUUAUUCAUAAAAUAUAUUUAGCUACACUAAUAAAAAUGAAUUAUAAUCUAUUUAUAUAUUACAGAUACAGAAAGAAAAUUAUUAUUUUUGUUAUGGUAUAGGAGCUAUCUCUGGCAGUGGUAAUGCUUUUAGUAGGCUAAAGGAAUAGCCUGCAUUUCCAAAUUAUUCUCAUUCAGGUGGUGAAAUGAACCGAAUCUUGAAUAUGCAGUGGCCUCUGGCCAUUGAGCUAGAUGGGCUUUUGUUGGACCCUAAUUCCCUAGUGGUAAAUGGUUUGUGUAUGCCUCUUUUCUUUUUUAGUACAACCAAGAGUAAUUCUUGCUGCUGUCCUUCAUACUGUGUCUUUUUAUGCUACUUUUUGAGGAGCACAUAGAAUUUUCAACAAGAUCCUGAGGCGUGGUGCGUAGUUCUUGAUAGUUAAAAUUUGUUUCAGCCAUGUUAAACAAAUGCUUUUAAGUUUUAACUUAUAUUUCAAAGAAGAGGAGGGGAAAAAAAGAAAAAAGGGAGGAGAAAGAGAUGCUAAAAAUACAAACUGGCAUUCAGAGCAUAUAUCCUUGGGUGAAUUGAAGCUAAAUCAGUAGGAACUUAAAGAGCCUUUACUGUUAUGCACCUCUUUCGAUGUGAUUGUACACAGCAAAUCAGAAUUUGCUACCUGGCCAUCAAAUAGAUCCCUGUUCCAGAUUAGCAUGUACUAUAUUCAUUGUUUGCUGUUUACUUCUGCCUAACUGUCAUGUAAUGGGCAUGGUCACGUGCUAAAUCAGUAGGAACUUAAACUUAAAAGAGCCUUUAGUAUUACGUGCUAUCCGAGUUGAUACUGUUGACAUGACCUUUGUAUCAUUAACAGAUGUGAAUUUUUUUUAGAACUUAUGCAGGGAAAUUUGAAGUCAAAUGGAGAAAGAGAGAUUUGACAUCUCAGUUGUAGAGCCUGUGUGACUAGAUCCUUAGUCCUUCUGCAAGGUUAGGUUAAGUUUCUUUAGUAAUAUUUUGGAAGGACUUACUACUGUGGAGUGCGAUUUCACUGAAGGGCAGUGAAAGGAGUAUUUUCUGUUGUCCCCAAAAUAAACUUCCAUGAAUUUUAAAUGCUGCCUAGGGAAGUUUAGUGGCAUCAUUAGUGUAUUUGUCAUGCAGACACAGCCUGAAUGUGGAGAUCUGUACGUGCAUGGCUAGACUGAUAAGAUUCCUUGUGUGUACAAGCCCUUAACUGUCUGUCUUUCAAAUGACCAUCUCUUUACGCAUACCUUAUGAAGCUCUGAAGAUAAUGAUGCUGAUAUUUGUCACUGACAAUUACUACUAACAUAAUUCAUAAAUCUAAAAGUGAGACACUGAGUAAGAGCCUCAGAUGACAUUGCAUUGAUAAUAUUUGAUUUCACAGUCCUAUAAUUUCUUUCUCUUCUAAUUACAACAGCUAGAGCAUAAGAUGAUGGCUGCAAGUUAAUGGUCUUGAGUUACAGAAAUUUAAACUAAUUUUAUGAGUUUCAUGCUAGGAAAAGUAUUUCCUUGUAAGGCCUUUUUCUAGGAAUCAAAUGUUAAAGGUUUUUCUCUUGUGGAGGGAGCUUGGUUUUAUUUAUAAACAAAUAACUGUACAUGCUUGCAUUUCUUGUUAUGUUUGUAGUUCAGCAAAAAUACAUAAAAGCAUCAGAAGAAAUCUCA